CAAAAUGUCUGAGCGUGUCCAUCGUGUCGGCAUUUAAUACAUUUUUGUAACUUAUUUUUAUAAAACUAGUACACGCAUAUAUAAACAUAAUUUAUUAUUAAAAUAAACAGUGAGUCAGUCAGGCUAAGCAACUUUUGCCUUGGUGUUUUGUUCAGUACAGAAUCCAUUGCGAAAGCAGCUUCUAGAUCGAAGCCGGCUACCGAAAAUUGCAACAACAAAAAUAUAUACUGCAAGAAAGAAAAAAAAUAAUGAAAACGUGUUAUGCUGAUGCAUGCUCUAAAUAUGAUGUGAAGUGCGUUUGAAAUACGAGCAGAGAGGAGCGAACCCUCGGCGACAAAGCGAACGAUUGAGUUUUCUAGCUUAACCAAUGUGGCACCUCCAAUGAAAAAUCAAUUCGAAAUCGUUGGAUGUUCUCAGUAUUGGUUAUUGGCCAGAAGAGCUCAAACACAGCUAUAAGAAACCAAACAAUAAAACCCAUGAUAUAAACUCUUAAAUUAAAUAACAUAGAUUUUAAGCACAUACAUAUAUCAAAUGGCAGAGACUAAAUCAAAGCAAGCUGAAGAGCCAGGACUUAUGGCGCCACAGACCCCAUGCAAGCGUUUGCGUUUGGACGAGGAGGAGCAGGCAUUGAAGGUGGCUGGUUUCUCGCUCAGCGCCAUUGAGGAAAUGCGUCAGACCCGUGAUGCUGAGCUACUCUCCGAGCCAAUGGAUCAGCAGCUUAGACAAUUUCAGGUGUUGGACGAAGUGGGCACUGCCAGCGAUGAUGAUGAAUCAGAUGAUAACUGCGGCAAGCGACGCGGUGAUGAUGAUGAAGAUGGGGAAGACUAUGAUUCUUCGGACUUUAAUGAUGAAGAAAUUGAAAAUCUAUUGGACGAAAAGCUGCCCGAAGAUCUACGUGAGUCCAAGCGUCCAAAAUACGAGCAGCGUUUUAAGACUGUGCUAGAAGAGAAGCGCCAUAAUCACUUUGAGGUGCUUCCAGAGGGCUGGGUACAAGUGACUCAUAAUAGCGGCAUGCCCCUCUUUCUGCAUCGGAAGACUCGUGUCUGCUCAGCGUCGCGACCAUAUUUUUUGGGCACUGGCAGUGCGCGCAAGCAUGCCGUGCCACUGGGCGCCAUACCGUGUCUGAACUAUCGACGUGCACUAGACGAUGAAGCGGAGGCGGAGCACAAGGGUAACUCGGAGAACACGGCACAGCCUUCUGCAGAGAGUAGCGAUCAAGAUUCGCCCCCUGGCGUUUGUCCCGUGGCCCAUGCCAGCGCACCUGUCGUGCAGCCUAUGGAAGAAGACGACAGCGAGAAAAAAGACGAACCUUCUAUGGAGCCCAAAGCUGACCAAGCAGCCACUGAAGCACUGCAGGCACUUAUACCAGCUGCCAAAAUCGUAACCGUCAAUGAGAACACACAAAAGGAGUCGGUGACACCGGAGGAGCUGAAUACCUACUGCCAGAAACUCUUCCGAUUCAAGGAAAUACGCGUGCUACGUUUUCGCAGUUGGAAUGCACGGCGCAAGUUCACGAAGAAUCGGAAGCAUAUAAAGAAUAUUCAACGACCAACGCUACCUGAUGGCACCAAGCUCAUCAAGUUCCCCAUUUUGGCGGCCAGCGGUUCGGAGGGUAGUACAAAUCCGCGAGGACGCAAAGAGUGGAUCAUGAAUCCCAAUGGCAAAAGCUUUGUGUGCAUAUUGCAUGAGUAUGUGCAGCAUGCGCUAAAGACGCAGCCCACUUAUGAGUUCAAAGAGCUACAAAAUGCUGCUACGCCUUAUUCAGCAACCGUCUCGGUAAAUAAUCUGAAGUAUGGUACAGGAUAUGGCACCAGUAAAAAGCAGGCCAAGUCGGAGGCAGCACGCGAAACACUGGAGAUACUCAUACCAGAUGUUAAGGAUAAAAUAACGGGAAACAAUAAGGAUUCGAAGACAGGCACUGCAAAGAAACCCCAAAGUGAUCUAUCUGUCUUCGAUGACAUUCGCAUUGAGGAUCCACGCGUCACCGAGUUUUGCAAUAAGACUACAGAGCCCUCGCCCAAUGCCAUUUUGUUGACGUGUCUGCAGCGUAAUUACGGUAGCGAUGUCCAGAUCACCCAGGAGAUUAAUCGCACGGCUAAUAAUAAAAACGAAUUCACCAUGACUGUGGGCAAGCAUACGGCCAAGGUGGUCUGCAAGAACAAACGCGAGGGCAAGCAGUUGGCAUCGCAGGCCAUACUACAGAUAAUGCAUCCGCACAUUCAGACAUGGGGCUCGCUAUUGCGCCUUUAUGGCAACAAUUCGAUCAAAACGUUCAAGGAAAAGAAGCUGGAGGAACAGGAGAUUACUGUGCUGCAGAGCAAGGCAGCUGUUAAUCAACCCAACUAUGCUAUUCUCGAUAAACUCAAAUCGGAGAUGCUAAAACUUAGCGCCAAGCACGAAGGCAUCCAAACCAAAGGCACCUUUGUGCCGCCCAGUGAUGUGGACCUGCCUUCAUCCUCCGGUUCAAAUUUGAACAAUGUUGAACUAUAGUUAUAUUAAGGCCAAUGCAUCAACAUAAUCAUCAUUGUCGUCAUUAAGCUUAUUCGAUUAUCUAACUUGCAUGACAAACUUUUCUCAAUGUGAUCCAUCAUAAUAUGACAAAAACAAAAGAAACUGAAAAUUUUUGUGUUUAGCUGCAAGACGAGCUACGUAUACUCUUUCAUGGUUACGACUCUAAUUAAUUCCACAUAAUAUAUUUAUAUAUAAUAUGCCAAAAACUG